AUGUCGUGCCCACAUCUCGUCAGAGUAGGAGCCCUCAUCAAGAAGGCGCACCCAGACUGGAGCCCCGCUACGAUUCUAACGGUGAUGAUGAAGGUAGUGAAUUCACUCGAUCUCUCCAACCAGCCGAUCAAAGAUGCGGGCAAAAGUGAGCGCACAUCCACAGCUUUUGGCAUCGGGGUGGGUCAUGUUAACCCCAACAAGGCAUUACACCCUCGGUCUAGUCUGCGACGCCAGUGUAAACGAUUAUGUCAACUUGCUAUGCACAAUGAAUUUCACCGCCAAUCAAAUUCGAGCCAUCACACCAUCAUCGUCAACCGACCUCUGCUCUGCCCCAACUCUCGACCUCAAUUAUCCAUCCUUUCUUGCACUCUCUUCAACAUCAACUACAUAAGUAGUUCUCACCCGCAUGAGGUCUUGGAGUUUACCAGGACAGUGAUAUUACUAAUAUCGGUAAAGGAACGAAAAGUUUACCGAACGAGUUUGACGCCGUUGGAAGGGCUGUCCAUGAAGGUGGUGCCGGAAAAUCUUGAGUUCAAGCUCACGAUUGAGAACAACCAUCCAGCUAAGGAGAAGCAGUGUGUUCUUUCCGAUUAUCUUAUAUGGAUAGAAGAUGGAGGUGACCAUAAAGUGCAAAUCCCAUUUUGGCCACAAACAAGGUGUUUAAACCACUGUCAAAACCUUAAACAAACACAAGAAAUUGUUACCCUCUGGUCCUACCUACUAUGCUUAAAACAUGAUUGGUGA